AUGGCUUCGGCCACGUCUUCAGAGUCCGAUUCGGCAACGUACCACAUCUCCUCAUGGAUAGAGUCCCGAAACAGGUUCUUCGAUCCCCUCGCCCAUGCAUUGGGUGGAUUCCCGCCAUUAGGGCACGUCGGGGUCUAUUUGAAACCUUGUUCCGAUCCAGUCGUAUCUAGGCCGACGUCUUCCAUGGGGAUUUCUUUCUCAAACAGUGCUGUUGCGGCCAAAGGUUUGGCACGCUUCUUGGCUUGCUGCGUCCCCCUCUCUGCCUUGUCAUUGGGUGAGGAAGAUGCUGAAAGAGGUCUUCGUAUACCUUGA